UGUGUUGCAUGUAUAUUGAUUGGUAAUUAAGAAAAACAUACCAAGGUGGCCAUAAAUGUUAACGAUGCGUCUAAUUUUCGGCUCCGAGAGUUGAUGUUGACACAUCAGCUACAUGCGUAAACAGAGUUAGCACUAAUGUAGAUCUUAAAACUAUAUUAUCUUCGCUAGCUAAUAGCUUCUUAAUCUUAAUUUUCAUUGACUUGGUGUUUCAACUAUAGUUUUUGAGGUAAAAUCUGAUGCUUCCUUAUCUCAAAAUGCCAAUGGCAUUAUGUGCAAGGCGUAUUUGUUUAUUUCUUUCUUACUGCAUUCAUCAAAUUGUUUGGAAAUCAAGCUUAAAACAUGAACCUGGGAAGAAAAUCAUGGAAGACAGAAGUGGUAGCUCUUAUAACCUUUCGGCAGGCAAACCGGCGUCAGAGUUGGAAACACUGCAGAAGCAGCACGAGGAGAAAACAGUGAAGAUCCAAGAGCUCAAGAAACAAAUCGAAACUGUGAAGCUUCGGUUGGAGCAGAAGAAGAAAAAGGAAACCCCAGGUGAGAAAAAGGAAGAUUUCCAUGACCUGAUCCUCAAAUAUAACAGCCUAAAAGAUGAAUAUAUUGCAUUGUCGAGGGACAAGUCAAGGGACCUGAAUAAAUAAGGGCAAACUGUUUUCUUCAGUUUAUCAGCACUGUUCAAGUACUUUGCUUAAUGGGUUAACAAGUGUUUCUGCAAUUAAAACAAUAGAUAUAUAAGACAUAGCUUAGAUUA